AUGCUAUGGCCUUCGCCCCUUUUCCCCUCCUGCCCUCCCCCUCUCCCUCCCUCUCUCACGUUUGCUCCCUCUCCCGUUCCAUUCCACGAACUACUCCCUUCCCCCGCCUCCUGUCUCCUUCCCCUCACUGCUCCCGUUCUCCCCGCCAGGUCCCCUUCUUCACACCUCCCCUACCAAGCAACAAGACUACGUCCACACUCACUCCGUCCUCUCUGCGCACAUGCCCUCCCAUUCCAUCUCGUCUCCAUCCUUAUCCAACCCCCUUCCCCCUACCCUUUCUCUCCCCGCUCCUUGUUCCCUUCCCUCUCCCCAUUCCCUUCCCCGUCCCCAUUCCGUUCCCUCUCCCCGUUCCCUUUUCCCUCCCUGACCUUCCCGGCCCCAUUCGCUUUCCCCCCCCCGUCCCCCUUCCCCCUCCUCGUCCCCUUCCCCCUCCCCGUCUACUUUCGCCUCCUCAUCCUCUUCCCCUUCCCUGUCCCCUUCCCCCUGUCCCCGUCCCCUCCCCCUUGUCCCCUUCCCCUUCCCUGUCCUUUCUCCCCGUCCCCGUCCCCCCCUCCCUGUCACCCUCCCCAUCCCCAUCCCCGUCACCAUCCCCGUAACAAUUCCCUACUCCAUCCCGUUAACAGUCCCCUGCCCCCCCCAUUAGGGCCUGGAAGCAGCGGCAGCCUUUGUGACACGCCUGCUGCCCUCACUAGUCGACUCGCGCACUGUUGCUCCACACACACAGAACUUGGACUUCAUAGGGACAGGCAACACACACACACGCCCCACGUGACAGAGAGGGUGCGAGUGUAUGCAGCAGGGAGGAGGAUGGGCACGGGCAUGGGGCCGACAGUGGCGGAGGCAAAGCGAGAUGGAGCAGCCAAGGCACUGCUCGCAUGGGGUAAGGUGUUCGGGGGAGGAGUGGGGGAGUGA